AUGUGGGCCACAUCUGUGAAGAUAGAAGCUGCAUUCCCUGAGGCGGAAGGAGCUUCCUUGGAGCAAGGGCAGAAGAGGGCGCAGGCCGUGGAGCGUGCCCAAGGUGCCCUCUCCUGUGGAACAGGCAGUGGAGAGAUGCUGUUGAGCCGUCUUCUUUUCAGAGGUGUGGAAACGGCUGCUGCACCUGCAGCCCAGGGCCCCUUUUCCUUGGAGGAGGUGUCCGUGUCUCUCUCUGAGGCUGAGUGGGCCCUGCUGGAUCCGGGACAGAGAGCUCUCUACCGGGAAGUCAUGCUGGAGAACUAUGGGAUCGUGGCCUCUCUGGCAGAGGAUGGUCAGAGGAAUGAGGAGGGUGAGGAACUUCAUCUACAAUUGCCAGACAGAGUUAAUAAUGAAGUCAUAAGAGGAAACAACAGGGAUAAAAGCACACCUAAUAGAAAGAAAGACAGCUGUUUGGUUAAGGAAAGUUAUGGAAGAAAACGUAAGAUACAUUUUCCAAAGCACAAUGUAAUGAAGACAAGUAAAACCAUUCAGUUUGGAAAAUACUUCAAAUAUAGAUCACAGUUUCCUGUGAAGCAAAGAAUACACAGAGGAGAGAAACCUUCAGAGUGUGGAAAGAAAUUCAAUCAGAGUAGAAAUCUCCAGCAGCAUAGAAUAUGCAAAGAUGAUAACCGUUUUGAAUGCUCUGAGUGUGGAAAGAGAUUGAGUAGCAAUGGCCAUCUUCAAGUCCAUCAGAGAACCCACACAGGUGAGAAACCAAAUGAAUGCUCAGAGUGUGGAAAAAGAUUCAGUAGCAAUGGCCAUCUUCAAGUCCAUCAGAGAACCCACACAGGUGAGAAACCAAAUGAAUGCUCAGAGUGUGGAAAAAGAUUCAGUAGCAAUGGCCACCUUCAAGAACAUCAGAGAACUCACACAGGUGAGAAACCAUUUGAAUGCUCAGAUUGUGGAAAAAGGUUCAGUCGGAGUGGUGGACUUCAACGGCAUCAAAGAUCUCACACAGGGGAGAAACCUUUUGAGUGCUCAGAGUGUGGAAAGAGAUUCAGUCAGAGUGGUGGACUUCAACAGCAUCAAAGAUCUCACACAGGAGAGAAACCUUUUGAAUGCUCAGAGUGUGGAAAGAGAUUCAGUCUGAGUUCCAAUCUUCAACGGCAUCAAAGAUCCCACACAGGUGAUAAACCGUUUGAAUGCUCAGAGUGUGGAAAGAGAUUCAGUCAGAGUGGCAGUCUUCAACGGCAUCAAAGAUCUCACACAGGAGAGAAACCUUUUGAAUGCUCAGAAUGUGGAAAGAGAUUCAGUGAGAGUGGCAGUCUUCACCAACAUCAGAGAACCCACAGAGGGGAAAAACCUUUUGAAUGCUCAGAGUGUGGGAAGAGAUUUAGUCUGAGUGGCACUCUUCAGUAUCAUCUAAGAACCCACAGAGGGGAGAAACCUUUUGAGUGCUCAGAGUGUGGAAAGAGAUUCAGUCAGAGUGGCCAUCUUCAAAAACAUCAGAGAACCCACACAGGAGAGAAACCAUUUGACUGCUCAGAGUGUGGAAAGAGAUUCAGUCAGAGUUCCAGUCUUCAGCGGCAUCAGAGAAUCCACACAGGAGAGAAACCUUUUGAAUGCUCAGAGUGUGGUAAGAGAUUCAGUAUGAGUGGCAGUCUUCAAAAGCAUCAGAGAAUCCACACAGGGGAGAAACCUUUUGAAUGCUCAGUGUGUGGAAUGAGAUUCAAGCAGAGUGGCCAUCUUCAAUACCAUGAAAGAAGCCACACAGGGGAGAAAUGUUUUGAAUGCUCAGAAUGUGGGAAAAGAUUGAGUAGACGUACUCAUCUUCAAAGUCAUCAAAGAAUCCACACAGGGGAGAAACCAUUUGAAUGCUCAGAAUGUGGAAAGAGAUUCACUGAGAGAGGCCAUCUUCAAAAACAUCAGAGGACCCACACAGGGGAGAAACCUUUUGAAUGCUCAGAGUGUGGAAGAAGAUUCAGUAUGAGUUCCAGUCUUCAGCGGCAUCAGAGAAUCCACACAGGAGAGAAACCUUUUGAAUGCUCAGAGUGUGGUAAGAGAUUCAGUCAGAGUGGCAGUCUUCAAAAGCAUCAGAGAAUCCACACAGGGGAGAAACCUUUUGAAUGCUCAGUGUGUGGAAUGAGAUUCAAGCAGAGUGGCCAUCUUCAAUACCAUGAAAGAAGCCACACGGGAGAAAUGUUUUGA